UGCAUGGAGCGAUCGAGUACCGAACGAGGCCGUGUUCGUGAGAGAACGUGGCUGAAGUAUAGAGAAAGAAGAGAGAGAUAGGAGGUAUAGUUAGUUGUAAAGCUGUACGGGGACGGGGUUGUGUUGCGUCUUUGCAUUUAUGCGUUCCGCCGUUAAAUUUUGACAUGUAAUCUCACGAAGUAGCCAGUGUUUUGUUUUGUUUUGUGUUUUAAUGGUUGUUUUGAUUUAGACAUCCAACUACCAGUGCUAGUUAUUAAGAGUUCAAUUCUUGGAUUAAUAGUACAUACAGUGUUCGAGUGGGGUACCUACCUAAUACAAGGCGACAAAAGGCAUUACACUGACGUUAUUUUGUGUGCCUCGACAAAAACGAUCAUCUCAGAACGAAAGCAUAUUUUCUUACACGGGAAUGGCGUAAACAAUAUUAGGCACUAGCGUGAUGGGAUGAUCGGAUUGCAAGAAUGCGGACCCGCGCCGCCUAGAGCGCCCCUGUCCGCCACGAACCGUAUCCGGGAACGCACCGCUCUUGCUGUGGACUACUACAACACUCAUGUGCACCGGGCCUGGGCUAACGCAGGACUCGCUGCCAACAGAUCUAGCUUUAAUGACCGCCACCAUCAUCACUCCACGCCUAGGAGACCCCAACAUUUACCUCCAGAGCACCUCUGCAGAAGCAACUCCAGCUUAGAGUUGCUGGACCACAACAAUCGACCGUCCAACUCGAACUCCCCUACAUUGAAGAGGGAGUACGGCAGUCACGGGUCCAUAGACGUUAUAGACAGACCCUCAGGAGCUGUUGGCAACAAUGAGUUCUUCAAGAUGCUUCAGGAUUAUCGUCCUGCAGGCUUAGCCGGAACGGAUCAGCGAUCUCCUGGUCCUUCUGAAUAUCUCAGGGCUAAAGUAGACGGUUCUGUGGAGAAGUACUAUAUAGAGGAGGCCGGUUCUGGGCAUCAUCUUCCCCAGAGCCCUAAGCUCAGAAACAAAUUAAAAAAGCACUUCUGGACCAACGGUAACGUGCCUGGCAACGCUGGCACCAAGAAUCCAAGGCAAACAAUGGAUGAUUCUGCGGUUAGUCACUCCUCCAGUUCAGCAAGUCUCACUGCAGAGGCUGAAGAGAUAGCAAGACGUAGAGCCUUCGCGCAUUAUGACUGCCAGUCGCUUACAACAAAUCUGAACUAUACCGUGCGCUUAAGAAGAAACCUUCUUGCUAAACGGAGGAAUACUGCCACAGGGGCAUCAGCCGCAUCUAUGCUAGUCAGGUCGUCCACUCCCGAUGGGGAAAAUGAGGACGACUGUGGUGACGGUCAGAGCAACGACUUGGUGGAGAGCUGUCCCUUUUUCCGAAACGAGAUUGGCGGAGAAGAGGAGAGGAUUGUGAGUCUGUCUAGGUUGCAAAACGGGCACAAUAGGAAACCUUUGCAUAGACCGCCGCUGGCGUAUGGUGUUGCUGUGCUGGAGUUUCCUCCCGGGGAGACGCAUUGGAGGCAUUCGACGUGUCCAUACCAGAGGUUCCCCAGGCCGAUAGAGAAUGUGGAUCAGGGUGCGCUGUAUUAUCGAAAGUACUUUUCAGGACAAGAGCACCAGAACUGGUUUGGGAUGGACGAGCAGCUCGGACCCGUGGCUAUAUCGAUACGAAGAGAAAAAGUCAUACAUCCCGAGAGUCAGAUGACGACCAGUCUUAUGCAAUAUCAGUAUAGAUUAGUAAUUCGAACCUCUGAAUUGCAAACCUUACGGGGCGCUGUCUUAGAGGACGCUAUUCCCAACAUCAAGGCAUCCAGCAACCCCAAAACCCUCAAUACCAAAGAAGUUCUCGAAUAUGUAGCUCCUGAAAUCCAACUAAGCUGUCUAAGGCUUGGCGUUCAUAAUCAGCAGGCGAUUGACCAGAUUCUCAAGUUGGACGAACAGGGAUUGACAAACCAUUACAAGGUGGGUAUUAUGUACUGCAAGGCAGGACAAAACUCGGAGGAGGAGAUGUACAAUAAUGAGGAAGCUGGGCCGGCUUUUAUUGAGUUUUUGGAGACGAUAGGGAAGAAAGUCAGGCUAAGUGGUUUCGAUAAGUACAAAGCAGGAUUGGAUAAUAAAACCGACUCCACUGGCCUGUAUUCAAUAUACGCACAGUACCAAGACUGCGAAAUAAUGUUCCACGUCUCCACUAUGCUUCCCUUUACUCCAAACAACCGACAGCAGCUUCUGAGAAAGCGACACAUAGGCAACGAUAUAGUAACCAUCGUCUUCCAAGAACCUGGUUCUCUACCAUUUACUCCCAAAGGCAUACGAUCUCAGUUCCAGCACGUUUUUAUAGUAGUACAUGCCAUAAAUCCGUGCACUGAAAAUACCCAUUAUAAAGUGGCCGUGAGCAGGUCUAAAGAAGUGGAAGUUUUCGGACCUCCGAUAAAGGAAGGUGCAGUGUUUCCCAAAGGGAAAGUAUUCGCGGAGUUCUUGUUGGCGAAAGUUGUCAAUGCCGAGAACGCAGCGCACAGGUCUGAGAAGUUCGUCACUAUGGCCACAAGGACCAGGCAGGAGUACUUGAAGGACUUAGUUAUGAAUUAUUCGACUUCUACGCCCGUGGACACAGGACAGAAGUUUUCUAUAUUUAGUAGUAAAAAGAAAGACAAAAUCCGUCCCCGGUUCAUACCGGACCUAUGCCAAAGAGGUGCCAUUUUAUGGCAAGUAUUAUUAGAUGAUAGCGGACAGAGCCAACAAAUUGAGUGCUUCCUGGGUAUUUCUUCGGAUACAUUCGUUUUAAUUGAGGAACUCUCUAGACAAAUCGUGUUUGUCACUCCAUGCAAAUCAAUUUUGGGAUGGUCCCCACAAACAACUAGUCUCAGGAUUUACCAUCAUCAGGGAGAAUGCAUGACGAUUCAUAUGAGGGACACGCAUGCAGACAGGGAUGAGCUGAUGGAAAUUAUGGAUAGGUUGAAGGCCGUUACAUUUGGGCAUGUUGCCCAGGAAUUUUCAAUUAGCCGAAACAUUAUGGGUCAAUUAGGAUUUCAUGUUCAACCCGACGGCAUUGUAACGCUCGUGGAAAGCGCCGGUCAGGCUUGGCAGGCAGGGCUGCGUCAAAAUUCCCGCCUGGUAGAAAUCUGUAAAGUUGCAGUUGCGACAUUGACUUACGAUCAAAUGGUGGAUUUAUUGAAGACUUCUCUCACCGUUAUUUUGACUGUGAUACCACCGCUGUCAGACGGGUCUCCCCGUAAGGGAUGUACUUUGCAGAACUGCAAGUAUAACGAGGCUCAUUACGAAGGCGAUUACGAGAGUUCCACAAACGAUGAGAAUAAAGGAAGAAGAGCGCCACAGAUGCAACAAGCCGUGGUGGGACACCACAGAAGGAUCUACGAGAGGAGCUUUUCACCUCCGAGAAGCAGCAAUAGUUCCGGCUACGGAACUGGAAGCAGCAGCAAAUCGUUUCAUGGUCAAGAGUCGAGAUUUGCAACCAACACAGAGGGAACUUUGACCAGUUCCUCCAGUGGACAUUCAAGUGACGACAAAUGGUAUGACAUUUUACAAGAAUUAGACCCUCCUCCAGUUCCCAUGAAAAACAAUCAACACAGUUCUCGAACGCUCCAUCCAAACAACACUUUCCCUUCGACACCAAAACGUAACAAUUCACAUCAAGUACCACAAAUGCAACAACCACCACAUAACCACUACACAAUCCAACACAACAAGAUUCAAGUCAGCAACUCGCUACCGUUGCAACACGUUAAUGUUUCGCAACCCUUGAGUGCAGCUCUUCACACUAAUACUAGUGAAUUAGAUCUGUGUUACAAGAUGGAGAAAAACAAUAUUAUUAAGCAGCAGAACGAACGUAUGAGGCAAGAGAACGAGUACAUUGUCACGAGAGCUCCGAGAGUAGCCGAUUAUUCUACAGUACAAUCAUUGAACAAUGAGUUUGGAAGGCUAAAUAUAAACGAUGGUCACUCUACCGACAGUUCUAUAAGUGACCGAAUGAACCUGAUUGGUAGUGAAGACGAACUAUCUAACGGGAGUGGAAACAUGUCACCAAAAGCACGAAGAACUGCAAAACAUGUUAACAUGUCCCAGUCGGCGGCAUAUUCCAGCAGGAACCAGAGUCCUAGGUCAAUAAAUGGCGAGGCAAAGUUACGGCCUGGAGUCACCGCACGAUCUUCUAAUCGUAACAGCGCCAAUCUUUCCUCUACCAAUUUCCAGGAAGAGCUGUUGCGUUUAAUAAAUCCUGACAAUAUCGAGGCUGCUUCGGAACCAAAAUUAAACAAAGAAAUCAAAUCGCACUCUAGAGAGAACCUGAAUAACGCACUUACCGUCCACAAGACUCAACCCGAAGUGAUCCUAACGAUGGCUAGGCCAGCUACCGUCAUUUCGAAUGCGAGUACUACGUCAAGUCCCCUUCCCAAUGAAUUUAAGAGAUCACAAGAUGAAUUAACAUCACAUUUGACUAGUCCCGGCAAGGCCAAGGUGAUUACUUUUCCGGAUAAUUUCCCAUUGCCCGAAGAUAGCGAUUGGCCCAGUUUGGUUGAUGCUGCGACUAAAGUCGUGAUGCAAGUUGGGUCCAACUCGGAGGUAAAUAACGACCAUGAAGUUAACCGACACUGGAGUGAAGAAGUACCAAUGGACGCCUCCAUUACGUCAUCAGUAAGUUCCAGUACUAGCGUGCCAGAGCUCCAAAGUCACGUGGCAGAGCUGGAAUUGAAAGUGAAUAGGGAAACAAGACGCCGAAUGUCUCUGGAAAAUGAAGUGAGACGUUUAACGGAAGAGAACAGGAAGCUACAGGAUCAAGCCCAAGCCGCAGUACAGCAAUUGAGGAAGUUCACAGAGUGGUUUUUUAAAAAUGUUAAAAGGCAGUGAGAGGCUUUUAGAAAUUGGUUAAGAAUGUCUUUUAAUACCUUUAGAAUUUUUUAAUGUUAAAUUAAUGAAACUUUAACAUAACAGCGUUAACUUACAUAAAAUAAAAUACUUAUGUAUUUUCUUCUUCUUGACAUUUAAAAUUGAAAUUUUAAGAGUACUGUAAAUAUGUAAGAUUUUUGAUCUAUUUUACUAAUUACUGUAGAUUAUGCAUGUUAUAGUACAAAAUUGUUAUAUUUAUUUGCUUAUUGUUGAUAGAGAGGCGUUUCUUGGAGGAAGAUGGCAAAAUUGUAUUCUUUGUUUGGAAAACGAAACUAGAGGUUUGCUUUUAUUAUAAAAAAAUAUAUUUUAAAGUAGUUACCAUAAUACACGUAAUGAUAGAAUCCAGAAAUAAGAAUUAAGAUUUACUUAACUUAUUAUCGAGGUUUUAAAGAUUAAUUUAAUUAAUACUGACUGCACCACUUAAAAGGUUCAUGAAUUGAUAUUAAGAGGGCUCUACAGCAAAUAGGCAACUAGCAAUACAUUUUUACAGAUUUUAUUACACAGUUUGUCUAAAUAUGAUUUAAUGCACAAAUAACAGACUUUCUCCCCU